CAAGCUGUCUCUUUAAACUGGUUUCAGCGGAGAGCAGGGAGAGGCAGCGAUGUGGUUUGUGGCCAAACCAAAAGGCUCCAGUUAACCAGCUGCCUGGCUGUCUGGACUCCAGAGACACGAACGUCUUCGAAGAAAACCCUGGCUCCUUGGGACUCGCCGCAGCGCAGCGCUCGCGGCGUGGGUCUGUGUGCGCGCUUCCAUCUCGGGGCGAAGGGGUCCAGGAGGGGCCAGAGCCGGGAGGCGGGAACGACCUGCCAAGGGUGAGAUGAUGGAGCAGCGUCUUCGGCGGCCGAUGUGGCAGCAGCGGCAUCAGCAGCAUCAGCAGCAGCUCUUGAACACACCUCAAUGAGAGCGGCGGUGGAAGCGGCUGAACAGAAAGACGUAAGCGGGCUAACUAUAGCUGCUGGGGAUGUAACCUGUUUGGCUAAAGGCUGCGAGGUGCGUAAUCCCGACCCGACUCAUUGUGGAGCGGGCGCAGCCAGCACUGCCACAGGUGAUUUGGUCUGUUACGGCAGCUGAGCCAGCUGGGCCAAUUUCAAAACAUUCUUAUUUUAAAGUCCAUCUGGACUGAGCGCCACCUGGAGAAGGAGGAAGACACCCCCACCCCAGUAAAAGUCUUACUGGUGGUAAAUUGAGGACCAAAAUUUACAAAGUGACUCCUCCGGUUACCUUCUCUCUUCUGUGCUAGACAGAUGGGAGCCAUGGCUUACUCUUUAUUUCUCUGCCUCCUGCUGGCUCAUCUGGGAUUGGGAGCGGUUGGCUCCAGCCUCGAUCCUCCGGGACGGCCGGAUACCCCUAGAGAGAGGACCCUGAGGGGAAAGCAGCAUGGCCAGCAGCUGGCGCGAGCCUCUGCCCCGGACCCCUCUACUCCCUGGAGCCGCUCCACCGACGGCACCAUCUUGGCACAGAAACUAGCCGAGGAGGUGCCCAUGGACGUGGCCUCUUACCUCUACACCGGGGACUUCCACCAGCUGAAGCGAGCCAACUGCUCUGGCCGCUAUGAGUUGGCGGGCCUGCCGGGGAAGUCACCGGCCCUAGCCAGCUCCCAUCCCUCCUUGCAUGGGGCGCUGGACACUCUGACACAUGCCACCAACUUCCUCAACAUGAUGCUGCAAAGCAAUAAGUCUCGGGAGCAGACCGUGCAGGAUGACCUGCAGUGGUACCAGGCUCUGGUGAGGAGUCUCUUGGAGGGUGAGCCCAGCAUCUCCCGGGCGGCCAUCACCUUCAGCACCGAGUCACUGUCCACGCCUGCCCCGCAGGUCUUCCUCCAGGCCACCCGCGAGGAGAGUCGCAUCCUGCUCCAGGACCUGUCCUCCUCCGCUCACCACCUGGCUAACGCCACCCUGGAGACCGAGUGGUUCCACGGGCUUCGGCGAAAGUGGAGGCCCCACUUGCACCGCCGCGGCUCCAAUCAGGGGCCACGGGGCCUGGGCCACAGCUGGAGGCGUAGGGAUGGGCUCGGUGGGGACAGGAGCCACGUCAAAUGGUCUCCACCUUAUCUGGAGUGCGAGAACGGGAGUUACAAGCCGGGGUGGCUGGUCACUCUCUCUGCUGCCUUCUAUGGGCUUCAGCCUAACCUGGUCCCGGAAUUCAGGGGUGUGAUGAAAGUUGAUAUAAAUCUUCAGAAAGUGGACAUUGACCAAUGUUCAAGCGAUGGCUGGUUUUCAGGAACUCACAAAUGCCAUCUUAACAACUCAGAGUGUAUGCCAAUCAAAGGCCUAGGAUUCGUGCUUGGAGCCUAUCAAUGCAUUUGCAAAGCAGGAUUCUAUCAUCCCCGUGUCUUCUCGGUGAACAACUUUCAGAGAAGGGGCCCAGAUCACCAUUUUUCAGGAAGCACAAAGGAUGGGUCAGAAGAAGCCUACGUCUGCCUGCCCUGCAGAGAAGGCUGCCCCUUCUGUGCUGACGACCGCCCGUGCUUUGUCCAGGAGGAUAAGUACCUGCGACUGGCUAUCAUCUCCUUCCAAGCCCUGUGUUUGCUGCUGGACUUCGUCAGCAUGCUGGUGGUCUACCACUUCCGCAAAGCAAAGAGCAUCAGGGCAUCUGGCCUCAUCCUGUUGGAAACAAUACUCUUUGGGUCUCUGCUCCUAUACUUUCCGGUUGUAAUUCUGUACUUUGAGCCAAGUACAUUCCGUUGUAUUCUCCUAAGAUGGGUCCGUCUUCUCGGGUUUGCCACCGUCUAUGGAACUGUGACUCUCAAGCUUCACAGGGUCUUGAAGGUGUUUCUCUCACGAACAGCACAAAGGAUUCCAUACAUGACUGGUGGUAGAGUCAUGAGGAUGCUGGCGGUAAUACUCUUGGUAGUGUUUUGGUUUCUCGUUGGCUGGACUUCUUCUAUGUGCCAGAACUUGGAGAGGGAUAUUUCGCUUGUUGGCCAAGGGCAAACAUCUGAUCACCUCACCUUCAACAUGUGCCUCGUUGACCGCUGGGAUUACAUGACAGCAGUUGCUGAAUUUGUAUUCCUCUUGUGGGGUGUUUAUCUCUGCUACGCGGUGCGGACAGUCCCAUCCGCCUUCCACGAGCCUCGCUACAUGGCUGUGGCGGUUCACAAUGAGCUCAUUAUCACGGCUAUAUUCCAUACAAUUAGAUUUGUGCUCGCCCCGAGACUUCAGCCUGACUGGAUGCUCAUGCUCUAUUUUGCACAUACUCACUUGACUGUGACAGUCACCAUCGGGCUGCUUUUGAUUCCAAAGUUUUCACAUUCAAGCAAUAAUCCCCGUGAUGACAUCGCGACAGAAGCCUAUGAAGAUGAGCUGGACAUGGGUCGUUCUGGAUCCUACCUGAACAGCAGUAUCAAUUCAGCCUGGAGUGAGCACAGCCUAGACCCAGAAGACAUCAGGGAUGAGCUGAAAAAACUCUAUGCACAGUUAGAAAUAUACAAGCGCAAGAAGAUGAUCACCAACAACCCCCACCUACAGAAAAAGCGGUGCUCCAAGAAAGGCUUAGGGCGGUCCAUCAUGAGGCGGAUCACCGAGAUCCCAGAGACCGUCAGCAGGCAGUGUUCUAAGGAGGACAAAGAGGCCACAGACCACGGUGCAGCCAAGGGAACAGGCCUUGUCCGGAAGAACCCCGCCGAGUCCUCCGGGAACACAGGGAGACCCAAGGACAAGGACGAGUCCCUGAAAAAUCGAGUCUUCUCUCUCAAGAAAUCCCACAGCACGUAUGACCACGUGAGAGAGCAAACCGAAGAGUCCAGCAGCCUACCCACAGAGAGCCAGGAGGAGGAGGCCACGGAAAAUUCAACCUUGGAGUCUCUGUCGAGUAAAAAACUGACACAAAAGCUCAAAGAAGACAGCGAGGCAGAGUCCACAGAGUCGGUGCCUUUGGUGUGCAAGUCAGUUAGUGCUCACAACCUCAGCUCAGAGAAGAAGCCUGGGCACCCGCGCACAUCCAUGUUACAGAAGUCACUUAGUGUCAUUGCAAGUGCCAAGGAGAAGACGCUUGGGCUGGCUGGGAAAACCCAGACUUCGGGUACGGAAGACCGAUCUAAGUCCCAGAAACCUCUGCCGAAAGAUAAAGCGUCCAACAGGAAGUACUCGAAUCCGGAUAAUACAGACACAAAAGAUUCUGGCCUCCCAAACUCCAAUCAUUUGGAGGAGCUAAGAAAGCCCCAGAAAUCCGGGAUUAUGAAACAGCAGAGGGUCAACCUCCCCACUGCCAAUUCUGACCUGAGCCCCAGUACCACCCAGAUAAAGGACAAUUUUGACAUUGGAGAAGUGUGCCCUUGGGAGGUUUAUGACCUGACCCCUGGUCCUGUGCCUUCAGAACCAAAAGCUCAAAAACACGUAUCAAUUGCAGCUUCUGAAGUGGAGCAAAACCCAGCUUCUUCUUUGAAGGAGAAGUCCCAUCAGAAGCCUAAGGCAGCUGAAGGUCUUCACCAACUCAAUCACAAGAGUGUAGACAAAACAGAGGUGUGCCCCUGGGAAAGCCAAGGUCAGUCCCUUUUGGAAGAUGAGAAUCAUCUGAUUUCUAAGACCCCCAUUCUCCCAGGGAGAGUCAGAGAGGAGAAUGGGGGUCAGCUCUACACAACCAAUAUGUGUGCUGGGCAAUAUGAAGAACUGGCCCCCAAAGCCGUGGUAUCAAAAGUAGAGAAUGAAAAUCUCAACCAAAUGGGAGACCAGGAGAAGCAGACAUCUUCCUCUGUGGGUAUCACUCCUGGCUCCUGUAACUCAAGUAAUAACUCCCACCAACCAUUAACAUCACGAGCAGAAGUGUGUCCUUGGGAGUUUGAGACCCUAGAUCAGCCAAAUGCUGAAAGAAGUGUAGCUUUACCCACCUCCUCUGCUUUAAAUGCAAAUAAGAUAGCAGGGCCUCGGAAAUAGGAGGUCUGGGACACUUUCCAAGUGUAGCACCUUGGGAAGAAAAAGAGUAAUCCCCAGUGUGAUAUAAAAUAGAUCUGAAAAUCAAAACUUACCAAGAAAGUUUUAUCAGCGUGGAGAAAUACAGCUCACGGUGUGUGGUGAGGUGAAGACGUGUGCUGGAGAAGGCUGGAAACAGCGGUGCGUCACAAGGAGGAAGUCAGGCUCAGCCAUGGAAAGUCAUUCCCAGAGCAACACUGGGAAAGCUUGGCAUUUCAACUUGUUUAAGGGACAGUGCCCUGUCUGUCUUUACCCAUGGAAAUGGAUGGUCCUAAGCAAGAUUAACCAGGAGGCACAGAAGAUGAAGGCAUGGAUUUUGAGACAGGGAAAGCUUGGAUGUCUGUGACUGGAAUUCUAAGUAGCCGAUGGAAAAGACCUACUUUACCUAUUUAACCUUGGUAGCACUGCUAACUUAAUGCACCCCAAUACCUUUUAUAUAAAUGAUUGCUCUCAUUUUCUUAAAAUGUAUGUUUCAGUACAUUGUUGUGUCUCAGAUUCAAGCAUUCCAGAUUGUAUAAUUUUUGCAAAUAACUUUGAUAUUAUGUGACACAACACAUUUAUGCAAUCCACAGCUACUCAAUUGUCAUUGCAAACUAGCCAGUAACUGCUAUCUAUCAACUGUAGUUGAUUCUUGGAGUACAGUAAGCUUUCUCUGGCUUAGGAAGCCGUAACUGUUAUGAUGUAAACUUUUAGUUUGGACUGUUGUUUAUAUAGUGUGAAGUUGGACUCUAUUAUUUCCCAUCAUAGUUUUUGUAAUGUCUUAGUUUUUUUUUUAAUAUAAGUUGAGUUUCUUGUUCUGCACUUCUUGUAGGGACUCUGAAGCUCUAUUAGUCUUGGAGAUCAAGUGGUCCUGCUUAGUCAUAUGUCUCAGUAAGUUAAGGACAACUUAUCCAUUGUUUGUUCCCAGUCAGCACUAGACUAUCCCAAUACAUUGUCCUUUUGAACUCUUUCAGUAUUUCAUAUUACCAUUUCCUAAGGAAGAAGCUGAGUGAGGAAACUGUGCUGUGUGUUACUACCAACAGAAGAGGAAAA